ACUUUUGACUCCACCAAAACCAACUUCUCCUUCUCCGCCUCCUUCUCCUUCUUCUUCAUCUUCAUCUCUUCUCCUCUCCCCUCUGCUUCUCUUCUCUGAGAUCUUGGCUUUGACAGAGGUCAUUCCUUCCUCCAUCUCCGCCCAUUGCCAAAGCACCAUCUUCACCUCUCUCUCUCUCUCUCUCUCUCUCUCUCUCUAUCUCUCUGGGCCAGUUAUAAUGUUACUGGUCAACUGCUCCAACUGCCACACUGCAUUGCAGCUGCCGCCGGGUGCCGCCUCCAUCCGCUGCGCCCUCUGCUACGCCGUCACCCUCGUCGCCGAUCCCCGCUCCCCGCCCCUGCCUCCCCCCGCCUCCCACUCCUCCUCCUCCUUCCACCACCACCACCACCACCACGCCCCCCACAACCCGCCUCCGCCGCAGCCGCAGCCGCCGCCGCCCUCCUACGGGCCGCCGGGCCUCCCUCCUCCGGCCCACGGCGGUAAGCGAGCCCUGAUAUGCGGCGUCUCGUACAGGAACACCCGGGACGAGCUCAAGGGCUGCGUUAACGACGCCAAGUGCAUGAAGUUCUUGUUGAUCAAUCGCUUCAAGUUCCCCGAGUCCUCCAUCCUCGUGCUCACCGAAGAUGAACGCGAUCCUUUGAGGCGUCCGACCAAGCACAACAUAAGAAUGGCGUUGAAUUGGCUUGUCCAAGGUUGUAGGCCUGGGGAUUCUUUGGUAUUCCAUUUCUCUGGUCAUGGAUCGCAGCAGAGGAACUACACUGGUGACGAGGUGGAUGGAUUUGAUGAAACGCUCUGCCCUUCAGAUUUUAGGACCCAAGGAAUGAUUGUCGAUGAUGAGAUCAACACGACAAUCGUCAGGCCUCUUCCUCAUGGGGUUAAGCUUCACGCCAUUAUUGAUUCUUGUCACAGCGGCACUAUGUUAGAUUUGCCCUUCCUCUGUAGAAUGGACAGAAGAGGUCAGUAUAUCUGGGAGGACCAUAGACCUCGUUCAGGAGUAUGGAAAGGGACAAGCGGGGGAGAAGUGAUUUCUUUUAGCGGCUGUGAUGAUAAUCAAACUUCUGCCGAUACUUCGGCUCUUUCACAGGUUACUUCAACCGGUGCUAUGACUUAUUCCUUCAUCCAAGCCAUUGAGCGUGGACAUGCCACCACUUAUGGGAACAUGCUGAAUGCGAUGCGGGCUACCAUUCGGAACACAGGCGGCGAUGAACUUGAGGGUGGACUUGUAACUUCUCUUAUCACGAUGCUUUUGACAGGUGGGAACCUCAGCACACGACUAAGACAGGAACCUCAAUUAACUGCGAAUGAGCGAUUUGAUGUGUACACGAAGCCCUUCUCUUUGUAGCGCGGUGGACAGAAGGCUUUUUUCAAGUUUGCAUCGGUUCUUAUUCAUCAUCAGGUCAAUGGCAUCACGGCUAACUUGGGUUCCACGUAGACGGAAAUCUGCCUUGCGGUGUUCUGGAUGAACGUGCAGAGUGUUUUAUAGCUUGUACUACGUGUCUGAAUCUCGAUGCCUUUUUCGUGUGUAGUGGAUGGCUGUUGUUGUGGAAACAAGAGGAGCAAUGCUGUGCAUAUCUAGAUCAGCAUUCCAGCUUUUUUCACUAAGCUCUACAUUCCAACACCAGCUCCCCCACAAUGUUUACAGUGCUAGAAAGGUAAAAGAAAUAGAAGAGGUAAAAGGGGAGGGCAGAAAAAUUUGAUGCUUGAGAUGAAGGUGUUCUCUUCGACGAUGAUGUUUGGGUGCAGCUCACCUCAUAAUCACUCGCUUAUUCAAUAAUACAGGACUUUGAAUA